CAGACAAUGGCGCAGGGAAGAGGCAGUGCUAGCGGAGGUGCCGCCGUGGUCGUUGGCGUGCUGCUCCUCUGCGUGCUCCUCCACGCCGAGGUGGUUGAGUCGGCGGUGUUCAACGUCGGUGACCGCGGCGGCUGGUCCUUCAACACCAACUCCUGGCCUACCGGCAAGCGCUUCAAGGCCGGCGAUGUCCUAGUGUUCAAGUACGACGCGACGGCGCACGACGUGGUGGCGGUGAGCGCGGCCGGGUACAAGGCCUGCGCCAAGCCGGCGAGGGGCGCCAAGGUGUACAAGUCCGGCGCCGACCGCGUCACGCUGGCCCGCGGCACCAACUACUUUAUCUGCAGUGUCCCCGGCCACUGCCAGUCCGGCAUGAAGAUCGCCGUCACCGCCGCAUGAUCAAUCCGUCUAUCAUUGUCACGUCUAUUAUAUGCAUGGUGACGUGAAUUAUAUGUACGGUGUGCUAUUCUGAUUUCGACUC